AUGGUAUGUGCCCCCGCCGCAAAGAAGCAGAAGAAGAAGUGGUCCAAGGGCAAGGUCAAGGACAAGGCCCAGCACGCCGUCGUCCUCGACAAGACCACCUCUGAGAAGCUCUACAAGGAUGUUCAGUCUUACCGUCUGGUCACUGUCGCCACACUCGUCGACCGAAUGAAGAUCAACGGUUCUUUGGCCCGACAGUGCCUUAACGACCUCGAGGAGAAGGGCAUCAUCAAGCCUGUGGUCACACACAGCAAGAUGAAGAUCUACACCCGUGCCGUUGGUGGUACCGACUAA